AUGUCUGUGGAAGCUCAGGAUUAUGAAUUUACUAGAAUUUGUGUUAUGUUACAAUCGGAAGUAAAAAAACGACGAAUACAGGGCUUGAAAGAAAUUCUCAAACUGUUAGAAUUACAACAGUGCGAAAAUAAAAUCUUGAGAUUAUGGAAUAUUAUAAGUAAACCACUGUUGAGAAUUUUAAAUGAUUCUGUAGAAGAAUGUCGUGAUCGAACACUGGAGAUCGUUAAAUUAUUUAUAACUAAUUUAACACCGGAUGAUAAGUAUAUUAUGUAUCUUCUUCCAAUUUUAUCUAAAAGAUUAGGUUCUUCUGAACAAAUAGAAACCUCAGAAGAAGUACGACUGAAGUGUGUUAUAUUACUGCGAAUAAUAAUAUUAAAAUAUAAAAAUUUAUUAGCAUCAUAUAUCGAUGAUUUAACAAAAAUUUUAAUACAAACUAUAACAGACAAUUAUCCGCUUGUUAAAAAAGAAAGCUGUGAGUGCAUAUCUGAAUUUGCAAAAAAUUUAUCGAAAUAUUUUUACACGCAAUCACAAAACUUUAUAAAACCAAUUCUGAAAAAUAUAACACACCAACAUUAUAAAAUUAGAGUUGCCUUUAUUAAAACAAUAGGCGAUUUAAUUCAAUAUGGAAACAGUAAAUUCAUAGAGGAGAUGGCUAUUCCUUUGGCAGAACGAUUAUUUGAUCAAAAUGGCCUUGUUAGAGCAGCUGUAAUAGAAGUAGCAGGCUGUUGGCUUUUAAAACUGAGAGAUCGAUAUAGUUGGUGGCACAAAAUUCUUCCAUUACUCUUGACAGGUCUUCAUGAUGAAUUAGAAGAAAUAAGACAAAAAGCUGCAAACUUUUGGAAUGCUGUAGGGCAGUUGUAUAUAAAAGAAAACCAGGAAGAUGAAAAAUUAAAAAAUAAAUUGGAUUUUCUUCCCAAGGAUUGCAACCAUUAUCCUAAUAUUAUUAGACCAAAUUUAGGAUGCCGUAUAAUAGCACAACAAAGCUUCAACAAAUUAAUCAAUGGAAUUGCUUUGGAAUUAACAGAUUGGAUUGUAGACAUUAGAGUGCGAACUGCACAACUGCUUUGUGUUUUUAUUUUAAAUAUAGAAGAUGAUGUAAUACAACAUAUUGGAAAACUAUUACCUCCCAUGUAUCGAGCUUGUAAUGAUGAAGAUAAUAGAGUUGUACAAAAUAUAGAAAAAGCAGCAGAAUAUAUAGGGUAUUUUGUACCUCCAGAAAUAUAUUGUCAUUUGAUACUUCCUACUCUUGAAGAAAUUUCAUCUGUAGGUCAUUUAAAAGUUUUUUCUGCGAUUUUAAAAGGUAGUGAACGUUAUUCACUUCUUCCAUUAUUAGAAGAUAUUGGAAAAUUUUUACAACAACCACAAAUCUGUCAAAGCAAAAAAGGAGCAUAUCAGAAACAGAUACUUUCUUGUUGUUCUUCCUUAAUUUCUGUUUGCAAAGAGGAUUGUAAACUAAUAUCAAAGGAAUUAUUUAUGAUAAUAUUUACUGUUCUAUCUAUGACACAAGAAAAUUUAAUAAAGUUGAAAGCACAAGAACUAUUAAAUACUGUUGCUAAUAUUGAUUCAGUUGAUAAUUUUGAUGAAUUUUAUAAUAAACACAUCAACCAAUUAUUUUCAAUAUUUUCUGAUUGUAAAUCAUGGUCAAUUCACGAUUCAGAAUCUCAAAUAUUUUGUGCAUGUUUAAUUUAUGUUAGACAGAUUUUGGCUUAUAAUAUGGACGUGAUAUUACCAAUUUUGAGAAAAACCAUGACAAAUGAUGCCGAUCCUGAAUUGAGAUUGAAACAUUUUAUUUUAUUAACAGAAUAUUUUAAUCGCGGAUCUUUGAAUGAAAUUAUGGAUCUAGAAUUCUCUAAUCAAUUUUUAGAAAAUUGUAUAUUUCCUGGAUUAGUUUGGACUGCAGGAAGAACUGCUGAAGCUAUACGUACUGCUGCAGUAUCUUGUUUAUGUGUCUUUUUGAAUCAAUAUGAAAAAGAUCCUAUUAUAGAAAAAAACACAAAUCAUGGUGAACAAAAUAUUUGUUUUGUAUUUGACAAAGUAAUACCUAUUUUAAUUAGCCUUGCAGAUGAUAAUUCUAAAAGAAGUAGAUUUUAUUCUGUACAAGCUAUAUAUUUGAUAAUGUGUAUUAGAAAACGAUUUGAUUAUCUCACAGAAGAAAAUAUACAUAAAAUGUAUCCUGUACUUCUAAAAAGACUAGAUGAUGGAUGUGAUGAUGUUAGAAUAAUAUCAUUAGAAGCUUUAACAGAAGUUUGGAAUGCAAUACCUAAAAAUUAUGACUUACAUUUCAAUAAAGGACACAUAGAUACUAUAUAUAAAUAUUUUUUAGGAAAUUUAAAAGAACUAGCCAAAGUGCAUCCAGAACUAUUACAUCAAAAACUUCAAAAGUGUAAAACAAAUUUUAGAAAUCAAAGUGAUAUUGACACAUUAAUAAAACACUGUCAAUUAAACAUGUCAGAACUUAAUACCGAUCACAUUGACUCUGUAGAAGAAGAAUUAGAAGUGGAAUCUAAUUACAAACCACCACCAGAAAAAACAAUAGAACAAAUUUUAGAAACAGAUAAAGAAGAUGAGAGUUUACGUAAGUAUAAAGAAACGCUAUUGGGAGAAGCGAAGUCUGGAGGUGUUGUUGUAGAUCCGAAUGAUCCCAGAAAAGUAAUAGUAAAAAAAUUAGCACUUUGUGUAGCAGAUCGACCAGAUAUGGAAUUAGAUUUAACAGGUGAUCUAUCCCAGUUAAAGAAACAAACAUUUGUAAUAAAAGAAGGUGUUAGCUACAGAAUCAGGAUUGACUUCAUUGUUCAACGUGAAAUUGUGCAUGGUCUGAAAUAUGUUCAAAAAACUUAUCGUCUUGGAGUACCAGUGGAUAAAAUGAUGCAUAUGGUGGGUUCUUAUCCACCAAAAACAGAAGUCCAAUCAUAUACUACUCCAACAGAGGAUGCACCAGCUGGAGUAAUGGCACGUGGUUCUUAUAGUGUAAGCUCUUUGUUUACUGAUGAUGACAAACAUGAACACCUAAAGUGGGAGUGGUCAUUUGAAAUUAAGAAAGACUGGAAAGAAUAAGCUCCCUUUCAUAAUGGGAAGCCCUACAACGAUCGCAAUUAAAAUAAGAAUGCCAAAAGGGACUCUAAUUUUUAUAGAUAUUCAGUCAUACUGCGAUGCCAUAACUGUAUUUUUUAAGUAAUAAGAGAAAGAGUAACAUUGAUAUUUAUUUAGAUACUUUUCCUAAAUCGUAAACCUUAAAAGUGAACAAUUGAGUACAUGAAUAUAUACAUAUAU